AUGGCAAAUCAAAAUGAAGGACCAUCUCAGGCAUAUGUGCGAUGGCAAAACGAAUUUAAUAUGGAUAUAAUUAUGCUCAAUACAUCGAAGAUUAACCUACAAAGGCGAGUGUUUUCGACACUUGAUUUUGGUAACCAAAAUUUGGUUUAUUGAAUUUAUUUUUAAUUAGUUGAUUUUUCAGAAUUCGAGAAAUAUUAUAUCUUUUGAAGUUAGAGAAAUCAAAGAAAUUACAACGACAACAUGAAGAUUUGGAUGUAAUGGAGACAUCAAAUAAAGAACUGAUUGAAACUGAUGGUGAACCAUUGAAUAGCUUGGUAUGUGAUUAUCAAAAUGAUCCGACGCUAGUUUUAAGACAACAAGAAAAUGAUCGAGAAAUUGAUGAUGGCAAAAUUAUUGAAGUAAAUUUUCGGGAUCAAAUUGUUACGAUUUUUCGAAUAAAACAGAUCUGCAUUGCUCAUAUUAGCUUUCUUUUCGUCUCAAGAGAGGAAACUCUUUUUUAAUUUUUGGUCUUGACAUAAUAUUCAAAUUUUUUUAGGAAGUUGUCAUUUCUGAUUCUAAUGGAACAAUCAGAAGUGUAUCUGAAGAAUCGUCUUCAACAAUUCCACAAUCUCGUUUUGGAAUCGAUUGGUCGAAAUGGUUUCCACCUCUAACAUUCCACACAUUUUUAUCGCAUUAUUUGCCAGUUUCUGGUGCUGUAUCACAUACACUUUAUACAAUUCAUCUUUUUAGUCCAAAUAUUAUCUCUCGGUUAGUUUAUGAGAGGAUUUUUGAGAGUUUUGGGGUUGGAAAUUUUUUUGUGGCUGAUCAUGAUCCGACAGUAUAAUUCUAUUUCAAAUUGAGUUGAUUUAGAUUGAAAUCAUGUUUCAAAUGUUUUCCAUCAAUGAAAAUUGAGAAAACCUUGUUCUAAUUCAGAAAAACAAAGCAAAACUCUUGAUUCUAUUUCUUUGCAGUUUGUUCCCAACUCGUGAUUUUUCUGUCAGUAACACGAUUCUGUUCAAUGCAAAUGUGGGACUCGGUUUCUACGUGUAUUUCAGAAGAAAUUUGCAUCGUGACAAUCCGUGGGAAAGAAUCGAAUUCAGUGUUUUAACAUCGACUAUUUUCAAUUUCAUAAGUUUGCCUGCCGCCGUUUUAAUCAAAGCCAUUUUUCCGGCAAAGUGAGUUUUCUCUCUUGAAUUUUGAAAACAAGAAACAAGCAAAUUUCAAAACGAACAUUAAUUUUAGAUCAGAAACAUGGCUGCGAACAUUGUAUGCAACAUCCUUCAGUGUCUAUCUUUUAUCAAGAGCUCAUCGUUAUUUGGGGCUUUUGGACGAUGAAAGUUCAAGAUGUUCUAUCUCGCCAGUCAGCCUUUCUUUACCUAUCGCCAAUCGCUUUACCAAUCGCCACUUUGUUAGAUAA